UCUUCAACCCCACUCAACCCCAAACCCAAAUUCCAAAAUCAAUUGUCUGCAACAAAAUUCCCAACCCAAUUCUCACAAUAAUCAUAUCCUUCAUCUUCAUCAACUCAUCAUAGCGUCAAAUCAAAGCAAUCAAUUACACAUUCCACACAACAAAACUCACAAUUAACAACGAACCCUAACGGAUCGUCAAUCGACCACGAUGUCGACCAAUCUAUAUUUUACAAGUUAAAGUUAAGUUGAUGGAUGAAGAAUCGUCAAUCACCUGAUUGCUAUAAGUUUCCCCAAGAAGAUCUUUUUCAUGCUAUUCAUUAGACAGAGCUGAUACUACAAUCUGUUUAUCUAGCUAAUUAUGGAGAUUAAGAUUUUGUUCUUAGUGUUACUCUCACUUUCAUUGUUCCUCAAUGUCACCAGGUGCUAUCUUCUCAUGAUUUAGAUCAAACAACUUGCAAAGAUGAUUAAAAAGAGUAAGCAUCUGGUAGCAUUUACGGGUGCAGGAAUAUCAACUUCUUGUGGAAUACCUGAUUUUCGAGGCCCUAAAGGUGUUUGGACUCUUCAGCGCGAGGGAAAAGGUGUGCCUGAAGCAUCAUUGCCCUUUCAUCGUGCAGCACCGAGUGCUACUCAUAUGGCUUUGGUUGAACUGGAACGCGCUGGUAUUUUGAAGUUCGUUAUCAGUCAGAAUGUUGAUAGCCUUCAUCUACGUUCCGGAAUACCAAGGCACAAGCUUUCGGAAUUGCAUGGAAAUUCAUUUAGGGAGGUUUGCCCUUCAUGCAGCACAGAGUACGUGAGAGAUUUUGAGGUGGAGACCAUAGGUUUGAAGGAGACGUCAAGACGUUGUUGCGAUCCAAAAUGUGGUGCAAAACUCAAGGAUUCCGUUCUUGACUGGGAGGAUGAACUACCUCCUAAAGAGAUGAAAGCAGCGGAAAAACAUUGUCGAACGGCAGAUCUUGUGUUAUGUUUGGGGACUAGUUUGCAGAUAACCCCUGCAUGCAACAUUCCUUUAAAGUGCAUUCGCAAUGGAGGAAAGAUGGUAAUCGUCAACCUUCAGCAAACUCCAAAAGACAAAAGAGCAAGUUUGGUCAUUCAUGGUUUGGUCGACAAGGUAAUGGCAGAGGUACUGCAACUUCUUAAUAUGCCGAUUGCUCCGUAUGUUCGCGUGGAUCUUUUCCAAAUAAUCUUUAAUCAUGUUCGGUCUGUCUCAGAGUCAAAAUACACAAAAUGGUCUCUUAGAGUUAUUAGUUUUCACGGAGAAAAAGCUCCGCUGCCAUUUAUUGAAUCAGUAGAGGUUACCUUUCCAGACAGACCGGAGCUGAAAACCGCCGUCCUAAACCAGCAACCAUUUUUGCUGAAAAGGGAAACGCUUAAAUCAAGACCACUUCACAUGGUUUUAUGGGUUAAUUUCAGUGAAGGUUGUGGUUGCCGGUUUAUUAGCAUUGAUCUUCCGGUUGAUUUUGAGGCAUCACCUGAUGACAUCAGCCAAGAUAAGAAUAUUGUGAUUCAACAGCUCAAAAAGUUGGCAAAUGAAAAUCAAUAUUGUGGACAGUCAUCAAUAGUUGACCGAAAACAACUUCCGGAUUCUGGGAAAACGGUUUCUACAUACGCUGUUGCUACAAACAUCGUUCAAUACAACGGACUGUUGCCUUCAAGAACCUCUGAUGUUUCAGAGUUGACUAACAAAGUCAACGGAGGUCAGGAAAAAGUCAAUCUUGAUGAUGGUAUAGAUAUAUUUAACAAUAUCGUGCCUUCAAAGAAAGUGCGAUCAGCGUUGACGAACAAAGUCAACGGAGGUUGGGAAAAAGUCAAUCUUGAUGAUGGUAUAGGUAUAUCUACCAAUAGCGUGUCUUCACAGAAAGUGCAAUCAGAGUUGACUAACGAAGUCAACGGAGGUCAGGAAAAAAUCAAUCUUGAUGAUGGUAUAGAUUUAUCCACUACCAAUAGUAUGCCUUCAAAGAAAGCGCGGGUUCAUUAACGAGUUAGUUGUUUGGACUGUCUGUACAUAUUUGUGUGAUAGUGGUUAAAGGAAGUCAUUGAUAGGUAGUAAAGAGAAACCGGGUCAACUUGUAAGCCCCUAGAGUUAACUCGGUUGUGGGUAUGACAGGUGUGCAAAACUGUAGUGAGUUACCGAGUUGGUGUUUUUGGCUAGAUUAUCUUCAUGGGCUAUGUUAUGUCCCUCCAUUCCACUUGACCAACUUCAUUCUGUUAUCUAUUUACUGCUACUUAGAUUUCA